AUCGUGCUAAGUUCCCACCUGACAUGCUCUGGUAAGUCACCAGAUAUCAGUCCGUACUAGGGUAUGCGGAUCCCGCUUAUUCGCUUCUGUCAACAUCCCUAUACCAAAUCUCAAGGCUGCUGGCUUCUGCUUAGGAGUUGGUAGAUUUGGUGUGGCUCCCGAUGGCGAUUCUGGUAUGCUCCGAAUAGAUGCUUUGGGCACUGCUCGCGAUUUAGAUCUCGACCAGCAUUCUCGUGGCUAUAUUACAGGCCUGGCUAUCACAGGUUAAGUGUUGUUGAUACCCUUGCAGCGACUGGGAGCAGUGGCAAUGGGUCUUGUGACUCCCUGUUCUGCCUCGUCUCAGCUGGCCUUUCAGCUGACUUAGAAGAGCUACUGCCUUGGUCGUUUGACGGAGAAGAAGCAAUUAUAGUACGUCAUCGAAACACGAGAACGUUCUACAUCACCUGGCAAUGCUCAUCUUGAACUGUGUUCUUGAGUCGGUUUCCCUAAAGACGUUUGAUGGUUCCCUUUAGCUCGAGCAUCAACACAAAGCAUUUCAGAACUCGACCCAUCUACCUGGCCGUGUACUAUUCUUCUUGUUGUCUUUCGGGAUGCCCUUGGCUACCACGGUUCCUAAUCAGCCGCUGAUGGACGAGGUGCGCCAGUCUUUAACACGCGCCGCUUCUUAUUCCCUUAACCGAAGACAUGAUGAUGGCCACUGGCGUGGAGAGAUGAUGUCCAACGCGACCAUCACGGCGGAGUAUGUUAUGUUGCGACAGGCACUGGGUCUAGACAUGUCCGUCGAUCGCGAAGCACUGAUCUCCUGGCUCCUAUCCGAGCAGAGCGACGACGGAUCGUGGGCACUUGCGCCAGAGUCUCCUGGCGAUAUCUCCACGACCACGGAAGCAUACUUUGCGCUGAAGCUUCUCAGGGUUUCGCCAGACACGCCUUCCAUGGCUAAAGCCCGCCGCUUCGUCAUCACUGCCGGUGGCAUCGCCAAGGUUCGCAUGUUCACCCGUGUGUAUCUGGCGAUUUUCGGUCUGUUCCCUUGGAAAAGUGUGCCGGAGAUGCCCGCCGAGCUUAUCCUUUUUCCUACAGCUGUGCCGAUCAAUAUUUACAGGUUGGCCUCCUGGGCCCGCAGUACGGCUGUCCCGUUACUGAUCAUUCGCCAUCACCGUCCCGUAUAUCCUCUUCCCGACAGACAUCCUUUGCCCGCCAGCGAUUUCCUGGAUGAGCUGUGGCGUAACCCUGCGAACAAACUGGUCCCCUAUACCCCAUCACUCUGCGAGCUGCUGCGCACUGAUCUUGUGGCUUUUACGUUUGCCUUACUUGACCGUGUGCUCCAUUGGCUAGGUGGUCUAAGGCGUUUCCCUUUCCGAUCGUGCGCCAGGAAGAAGUGCAUCGCGUGGAUCCUGCAACAUCAGGAACCCGAAGGAGACUGGGCGGGGAUCUUCCCUCCCAUGCACUUGGGUAUUCUGGCCCUGGUCCUAGAGGGUUUCGGGUUAGGCCAUCCCUUUAUCCGCCGCGGCCUGGAAGCGAUUGAGCGGUUCGCAUGGCGUGACGAUAAAGGGAAACGGAUCCAACCCACUGUCUCGCCGGUCUGGGAUACCGUCUUGACGACCAUUGGUCUCUGUGAUGCGGGCCAGAAAGUAGACCUCUCUGCCAGUAUGCAGUGGAUCAAAGCGCGGCAGCUUCUCGGGCCCCAGGGGGAUUGGCGAGUUGUGCGACCCAGAGCUACUCCUCGGGGAUUCAGCUUUGAGUACUUCAACCGGUGGUAUCCGGAUGUGGAUGAUACGGCUGCUGCUAUUUUGGCGAUGGCUAAGUGUGAUCCGGACGGUAUAGAGUCACCAUCCGUUCGGAGGGCAGCAGAAUGGGUCCUCGGCAUGCAGAAUGCCGACGGAGGCUGGGGUGCCUUUGAUGCGGAAAACGAUGCGCUCUGGUUGAACAAGAUACCGUUCAGUGACAUGGAUGCACUGUGUGAUCCCUCCACAGCGGACGUGACGGGUCGGAUUGUAGAGGCCUUCGGCCUGCUCAUGCAACGCCGUGACUCUGCUGCAGGAUUCGAGCUCACCACGGAGUUAGUUGGUCGGAUGAGAUCGGCCGCUGACCGCGCCAUCGCCUUCCUUGUUUCAAUCCAGGGAGCAAAGGGGGCGUGGUUCGGCCGCUGGGGGGUCAAUUAUAUUUAUGGAACAAGUAAUGUCGUCUGUGGCAUGGCGUACUUUCUGGACGAGGGCGCGGAAUGUAUUUCACGGGCGAUCGAGUGGCUCAAAUCUAUUCAGAACCAUGAUGGCGGAUGGGGUGAGAGCGUGAUGUCUUACCGAGAUGACCAGCUCGCUGGCCACGGUCCGUCCACCGCAUCCCAGACCGCAUGGGCACUCAUGGCACUGCUCGCUGUGCUCCCGGCGGAGGAUUUGUCGAUCACUGAAGGAGUUCGGUAUCUCCUCCGUACGCAGACUUUGUCAGAGCACGCCGGGGAGGCGUCGUGGCCCGAGUCGCUGUUCACCGGAACGGGAGUCCCCAAAUUCUUUUAUCUGGGAUAUGCGCUCUAUCCACAUUAUUUUCCCAUGAUGGCUCUUGGGAGAUAUUCUCGCGCCAUCUAGUCGUCGCAUAAUCCCAAUGGAUUGCACAGGUUCCGACCAAGUAACUCGAGCAUAACACAGAUAAGAAUGGAAUAAGCAUGGGUAUAUAUUAAUUAGAUGCUAUCAUUAAUUUUACUUCUUGCAACUAAGA